UAGGAAAUAGUCUAUAGGAACCGUUCUGUAUCCGUAUUGUCUUUACAGCUUUCGUCUAAUUUUACUUUUCAGAUGUAUCAAGUACAAGUUUCCCAAGGGACGCUCCAAGGCAAAUUGGCCAGUACUUACAAUGGUGCAAAAUAUUAUAGUUUUGAAGGCAUCCCUUACGCAAAACCACCGGUUGGCGAUCUUAGAUUUAAGGUAAUCCUCUUAAAUACUAUAACAUUCGGAGAAAAAGACAUUAAAUCAAACCAAAGAAACUAUAUACUAUUUAUAACAUCUGGGGGCACGGUCGUGCCCCUGCCAAGACGAGCUCCACAGGAACCAGAAAGUUGGUCAGGGGUUAGAGACGCAACUAAACCAGGCAAUAAAUGUGCCCAACUCAUUCCCAUCGGAAAAGCUAAAGUGGAAGGGAGUGAAGAUUGCCUCUACUUAAACGUCUACACACCAGUGCUACCUGCAGAUGAGGUCAAAAAACUCCCAGUUUUAUUCUACUUACAUGGAGGUAGAUUGAUUUGGGGAUACGGUGAUUAUUAUAAGCCAGAUUUUUAUAUCCAUCAAAAUGUGGUACUUGUGACCAUAAAUUACAGAUUAACUGUAUUUGGAUUUUUGUGUCUGGAUACACCGGAUGUACCAGGAAACGCUGGUCUGAAAGAUACGGUCAUGGCAUUGAAAUGGGUUAACAAGAAUAUAAAGAAUUUUAAUGGUGAUCCCGAUAACAUCGCGGUUUUUGGUGAAAGCGCUGGAGCGGCCAAUGGUACUUCACUUUUGGUGUCAAAAAUGGCUGAUGGUCUGUUCAGUAAAGUUAUUUGCCAAUCGGGGAACUGUCUCUCGGAUUUAUAUAUGAUUGAAGAAGACAAUGUAGGAAAAGCGAGUAAAUUAGCGUCAUUAUUAGGAAAAGAUACGAGGAAUAAAGAAGAAUUGUACGAUUUGUUUGUUAAAUCUUCUGCUGAAGAUCUGCUGCAUGCGUACUUUUCGGCCAAUAUGAUGCAACCAGCCGUCGACAUCAGGGGUUUUCUUCUACCAGUUGUUGAGAAAAAGUUCGACAAUGUUGAACCGUUUUUCGACGAAAACCCAAGAGUUGUAAUACAGGAAAAACGAUUUAAAAACGUACCCAUCAUGGCCACACUGAAUUCAGAGGAAGGAGCGUAUUUCGUACAAAAAGACGAACAAGGCAAUGUUAUAUAUGAAGACAAUCUCGAACUCUUCAUACCAAAGUUCCUAUUCGUCAAAGAAAACACACCAAAAUCAGCGGAAAUUGCAGAAAAACUGCAUAAAUUUUAUUUGAAUGGCAAAACUGGUGAUGGUAAAAAAGUGGGAUAUAUGAAUUUGUUGAGUGAUCAUUACUUUUUAAGAGAUAUAAUGUUAUUCGUUGAAUUGGUAGCAAGGCAACAGGAUGUAUUUUUAUGCAGGUUCGCGUACUCGGGUAAUAUGAGUACUAGAGUCAUGAAGAAGUUAGGUAUGAAGGGAGCCACGCAUGGAGAUAUGGUCCAGUACUCGUUUUACAGAGAGAGUAAAAUGAAGGUUGCCUCUGAAAGAGAUUUGAUGAUAGUCAAUGUGAUUGUAGAAGCGAUGUGUACGUUCGCGAGAACUGGAAAACCGAAUUUAAAAAAAUACAAUUUAGACUGGCGACCUUAUGACAGCGAAAAUAAAUUAUGUCUCAACAUAGACGAUGAUAUCUCGGUGAAAUCGCUGCCCGAGUACGAAAGGAUACAGUUUUGGUUCGAUUUGAUGAAAGAAAGAUCGAAAUUAUAAUAAUACUAGCUGACUCGGCAAACGUUGUCUUAGUAGUUGUUACGUUGUUAGUAGA